CUGCCCCAGAAUCAAGACAUUGUGGAGAAGCUGAGCUCUUAUUUUAAACCCGCCCUCCGGAGAGAUCUCAUUUCCCCAAAACCUCCCAUUUUCUCUCUCUCUCUCUCUCCUUCUGUCCCUCUCGUCCUUCUUUUUCUUUACCUAUGUUUCCCGUCUUUCGCUUUAGCCCCCACUCUAGAACCAUGGAUCUCACAACGAGAUGUUUGUUUCUUCUAUCCUGCGUUCGCAUGAUUUCAGCAAUCGAUUUGGAAGCAAUUGAACCAAGCUACUAUGUAGAGCCCGCUACCUCCUCAGACGUGAUCGACUACAAGGAUCCAUGUAAAGCUGUUGCCUUUCUAGGAGACAUUGCCCUGGACGAGGAGGACAUGCGCAUGUUUAAGGUGGACCGGAUAGUGGACCUGGCCCGCCACACUGUCCAGACCUUCAAUCACACAGACGCAGGAUCGACUACCAAUCAAAACGGAGCUGUGUCCAACCGAGGUACACACCGUAGGAAAAGGGCGGCAACCUCCAGACCUGAGAGGGUGUGGCCAGAGGGGGUCAUACCGUACGUCAUCAGUGGAAACUUCAGUGGCAACCAGCGGGCCAUCUUUCGGCAGGCUAUGCGUCACUGGGAGAAGCACACCUGUGUGACCUUCAUUGAGCGCACGCAGGAGGAGAGCUACAUUGUGUUCACCUACCGGCCGUGUGGGUGUUGCUCCUAUGUGGGCCGCAGGGGAGGAGGGCCCCAGGCCAUCUCCAUAGGGAAGAACUGUGACAAGUUUGGGAUCGUGGUGCACGAGCUGGGCCACGUGAUUGGCUUCUGGCACGAGCACACAAGGCCCGACAGAGACGACCACGUCAGCAUCAUCAAGGACAACAUCCAGCCAGGACAAGAGUAUAACUUCUUGAAGAUGGAGCCAGGGGAGGUGGACUCUCUGGGAGAAGUCUACGACUUUGACAGCAUCAUGCAUUAUGCCAGGAACACAUUCUCCAGAGGCAUCUUCCUGGACACCAUCCUGCCCCGCUACGACGUCAACGGAAUAAGACCUCCCAUUGGCCAAAGGACCCGACUGAGCAAAGGGGAUAUCGCACAGGCACGCAAACUAUACAAGUGCUCCAGAUGUGGGGACAGUUUGCAGGAGAGCAGCGGAAACUUUUCCUCGCCAGGCUUCCCGAACGGUUACUCGGCGUACAUGCACUGUAUCUGGAGGAUCUCUGUCACCCCUGGAGAAAAGAUCAUUCUGAACUUCACCUCCAUGGAUCUAUACAGGAGCCAUCUGUGCUGGUACGACCACGUCGAGAUCAGAGAUGGCUACUGGAGGAAAGCGCCUCUAAAAGGUCGUUUCUGUGGCGACAAGCUGCCAGAGCCAAUCAUCUCCACCGACAGCCGCCUGUGGAUAGAGUUCCGCAGCAGCAGCAACUGGGUGGGGAAGGGCUUCUCUGCCGUGUACGAAGCUAUCUGUGGCGGAGAGGUGAAGAGGGACAAUGGGCAGAUCCAGUCCCCCAACUACCCUGACGACUACCGGCCCAACAAGGUGUGCAUCUGGAAGAUCUCUGUGGCUCAGGGUUACCAUGUGGGCCUCACCUUCCAGUCGUUCGAGAUCGAGAGGCACGACAGCUGUGCGUACGACUACCUGGAGGUGCGUGACGGCAACUCUGAGAACAGCCCCCUGCUGGGCCGCUUCUGUGGCUACGACAAGCCCGACGACAUCAAGACCAGCUCCAACCAGCUUUGGAUGAAGUUUGUGUCUGACGGCUCCGUCAACAAGGCUGGCUUCGCCGCUAACUUCUUCAAAGAGAUGGACGAGUGCUCCAAGCCGGACAACGGUCGCUGUGAGCAACGCUGUGUCAACACUCUGGGAAGCUACAAGUGUGCCUGUGACCCAGGCUACGAGCUGGCCGCCGACAAGCGCAGCUGUGAGGCUGCGUGCGGAGGCUUCAUCACCAAGCUGAACGGCUCCAUCACCAGCCCCGGGUGGCCUAGGGAGUACCCCCCCAACAAGAACUGCAUCUGGCAGCUGGUCGCCCCCACCCAGUACCGCAUCACGCUGCUCUUCGACGUGUUCGAGACGGAGGGCAACGACGUGUGUAAGUACGACUACGUGGAGGUGCGCAGCGGCCUCUCUGCAGACUCCAGGCUGCACGGGAAGUUCUGCGGAGCCGAGAAGCCCGAGGCCAUCACCUCCCAGUACAACAACAUGAGGAUCGAGUUCAAGUCGGACAACACCGUAUCGAAGAAGGGCUUCAAAGCGCAGUUCUUCUCAGACAAAGACGAGUGCUCGAAGGAGAACGGGGGCUGCCAGCACGAGUGCGUCAACACGUUCGGCAGCUACAGCUGCCAGUGCAGGAGCGGAUUUGUGCUUCACGAGAACAAACACGACUGCAAAGAAGCAGGCUGUGACCACACUGUGAACAGUGUGGCUGGCACCAUCACCAGCCCCAACUGGCCCGACAAAUACCCCAGCAAGAAGGCCUGCACCUGGGCCCUCUCUACCACGCCUGGCCACCGCAUCAAAAUUGCUUUCAACGAGAUCGACAUGGAGGCUCACCUGGAGUGCGCCUACGACCACUUGGAGAUCUACGACGGGCGCGACGGCAAGGCGCCCAGCCUGGGGCGCUACUGCGGCACUAAGAAGCCCCCGCCCGUCAUGUCCAGCUCCAACAAGAUGUUCAUCCGCUUCUUCUCGGACAACUCGGUGCAGAAGAAGGGCUUCGAGGCCUCGCACACCGCAGAAUGCGGAGGUCGUCUGAAGGCUGAGGUCAAGACCAAAGACCUGUUCUCCCACGCCCAGUUCGGCGACAACAACUACCCCGGAGCAUCUGACUGUCAGUGGGUGAUCUCGGCGGAGAAGGGCUACGGCGUGGAGCUCAUCUUCCAGACCUUCGAGAUCGAGGAGGAGGCCGACUGUGGCUACGACUACAUGGAGCUGUUUGACGGCGCCGAUACCAAGUCCCCCAGACUAGGACGCUACUGUGGAUCUGGGCCUCCAGAGGAGAUCUACUCGGCCGGCGACUCCAUCGUCAUCAAGUUCCGCUCAGACGACACGAUCAACAAGAAGGGCUUCCACGUCCGUUACACCAGCACCAAGUUCCAGGACACACUGCACUCGCGCAAGUGACCCGCGGGGGUCGCGCUGGGUCGCGCGGGGCAGAAGGGCAGACGGAGGGGCCCUCAGGGCUGGCGCCAGCCUAAAGCUCGGAGACCUUCGGCCACCAAGAUGACUCAGAAACGACCGAACAGCCACAAGACAAGCCGCGCCCAGGGACGCAAGCUUCCCCCUCAGACUGUGAGGAGAAAAGCCAUUCUGCAGUAAACCUUGUUUUUACCUUUUUUUGUAUGGUUAGGAUCCGGGUGGGUGGGUAUUUUGUUUAGCCGGAUUCCGGGGGGAGAGUUUAUUGCCCCUCCCAUGUUUUUUUAAUUUUUGUUGUUUGUGUGUGUGGGGGGGGGUUUUAACGUUUUUUUCAUUUUUUUUUUUUUUUUGUUUAAAAAUUUAAAAACAUAAAUAAAUGAAAGGCCUCCCAUUGAGAGCAACAGUGGAUUCUCAGGACUUGUAGGGAGGCGGGUGUCAGCGAUACAGAUCCCUGCUUCUGUCGGCCUGACGACCACACCUGAGGGGGGGGGAGGGGGAGGAGGAGGGGGGGGGUGGUCCGGAGGGGACUCUCUUUGACCUAACCUCCCUCACUCCUCUGAGACGUAAGCUCCACUCCUCACCCUCUCAUCCCUCACCCCCCCAUCCCUUCUGUUUAAGGAUUCCUGUCCAUAAGAGUAUAUGAAGGACACCCUUGACUUGAGAUUUCGAUACUGUAAGUCAGAGAGUUGCAUGUAAUGAUUACAAUGGGUAUAGGAUACUGUACAGUUACAUCAGCCAUUUGUAAUUGGCAUUAUCCUGACAGCCAGUGUAGAAUUCUCAUUAUUACCAUUAACAAGGAAAAGUAAGGAAGCAGUUAUCUUAUUAAAGGACUAAUAAAUGAAUUCUUCUUGGUAAUUUCUCGCCAUUGACUGGCUGUUAACUGUACCUCUCUGUGUAAAGUUGUGUAUGGUGACCAUUCUAAGGAAGCUUGUGCUUUCCUCAGCUCAAACCAGUUAGCACUUUACAGUGAAUUGUUCGAAAAUCAUGAGCUUAUACAUUUUUGUAAAAUGCAAUGCCAUUUCACUUAUUUUCUAUUUUAUCUCAUUUUAUUACAUAAUUGUUUAGUUUUUUUGUUUUUUGUUGUUGCUCCAUUUAGUUUCUCAGGCAUACUUGAAAGAUGUGUGUGCCCUGUAACCUGGGGUAAUAAAGACAGUUGUGUGUCAGUCCAUGGACAGUUUGGAUUUAAA